CGCUGCUUGGUCACGUGACGCCACUACGUCACAUGUAAACCGAGGGGGGGGAAGAUGGCGGCCGCCGGAGGAGGAGGAGAGUCUUCUCAAAUUGUGUCGGACGAAUUAUUUCAAAACUUCUACACGGAGGUGAAGCAGAUUGAGAAGAGAGACUCCGUGUUGACCAACAAGCAGCAGAUAGAAAGGCUGCUCCGACCUGGCGCUUCCUACUUCAACCUUAAUCCCUUCGAGGUGCUGCAAAUUGACCCCGAUGCCACAGAUGAUGCACUGAAGAAAAGAUUUCGGGCGUUGUCCAUUUUGGUCCAUCCGGACAAAAAUCAGGAUGACCAGGAACGAUCACAGAAAGCCUUCGAAGCUGUGGACAAGGCGUACAAACUCCUCCUGGACCCCGAACAGAAGAAAAGAGCCUUGGACGUGAUCCAGGCAGGACAGGAAUACGUGGAACAUAUGGUGAAAGAGAAGAAGAAACAGCUGAAGAAAGAUGGGAAGCUAUUGGAGGUGGAGGAGGACGACCCGGAAAUGUACAAGCAGGCGGUGUACAAACAGACAAUGAAGCUCUUCGCCGAGCUGGAAAUCAAGAGGAAGGAAAGGGAAGCAAAGGACAUGCAUGAAAGGAAAAGGGCGAGAGAGGAGGAAAUUGAGACGGCAGAGAAAGCAAAGCGAGACAGAGAAUGGCAGAAAAACUUUGAGGAAACAAGAGACGGGCGCGUGGACAGCUGGAGGACCUUCCAGGCCAAAGGCAAGAAGAGCAAGGAGAAGAAGAACAGGUCCUUCCUCAAGCCCCCGAAAGUCAAGAUGGAGCAGAGGGAAUGAUGCUGUGAAACUGGACUUCACUAGAUUAAACCCCCCCUGCCUCACUUCUGUGUACUAUCUCCUCUUCGUCUGCAGUUAGCUGUGUAGUCGCCAUCAGGAUACUUGUUGUACAACCUCCUCAUCGUUUUGUACUUGGUUUUUCUAAUGUACAUAUUUGUGAUCUGGACCCAGGGAUCAUGCCUGGCUCGUGUAAGAAAGAUAAACGAUUCCUCUUCUAUUUCUUUAAACGAUGAGAAGUGUGGUUUGUUCAUAAUUUUUUGCUUUUUGUCCAUUGUUUUGUUUUUUAAAUAAAAUAAAGCUUGGUAUUAACAAGCUGACCUCACAAAGCUGAGCCUGCAUUGUGUCAUGAAGUAACAGGUGAAGCUGCUGUCAGGAGGCGUAACCGACAAGAGGUUUUACUAUAGAGGAUUUGGUUCUUACAGAUCAAUUUAUGAGCCCAUACAAUACUGAUCAGGUUUAUACACAUUCACACACUGCAGCAAAAGGGGAAAAUCUUUCAGGAUCAGCUACCUGUUCUUUCUUUUUUUUUGCAUUUAGUGUCGAUCUCCCCCCCGAGUAGUUCUGCAUGUUUUCAAAUUAUUCAGUGAAACACUGUCAAUAAAAACACAGAACACCCGACUGGUGUUUGUUGCAAUUUUUCUAUUUAUGUUUUGGGAAAACUGAAUAAAAUCAUUUUACCUGCCUA